CGAAAGAGAUAGAGAGGAGAGAGAGGGUGAACGAGAGAGACUAGAAUCGGUACUGGUAGUGAUCGGUGAGAGAGAAAAUAAGAGGGGGAGAGAUGAUGGCAAAGGCGGCGGCGAAGAAGAAGAGGGGCCGGCCGCGGAAGAAGCGGAAGGGCCGGCCCCCUUGCCCCGAUCCCCCACUUCCCGUCGUCCUCGGCCGCCCCCUUCCUCCUACCUCGCCGGUCCCCGAGCCCCCCCGCUGCACCCUCCGCCCCCGCCGGCGGCGCCGUCCCCUCCACGACUUCAUCGACGAUGACUUCGACGACGAAGAAGAGGAAGAGGAAGAAGAAGAAGAAGAAGGGAGGAGGAGGAGGAGGAGGAGGAAGCUCAAGCUCGUCCUCAAGCUCCCCAACGUUAUUCCUUCCAGAAGGGAUGAGCGGUCCUCCGACUCGCCGGCCCUUGCUUCUAGGUCUCGGAGGAUUCCCUCUUCCGGCUACAUGUCGUCAUCCUCGUUCUCCGCUUCGUCCUCCUCGUACGCGGAUGACGAUGAGGAGGCGGAGGAGACCGUCAAGCCCCCCAAGAAGAGAAGGACCGAGGGCUGUGACGAUGGCGUAGGCUCGGAUGGAUCCGGGGACCAGCAGAGGGGAAGCAAGAGAGUGAUUGGGAGAUGUUCGAAGGGCUCUGCUUCAGGGCUAUCAUCCAAUUCGUUUGCAGGAACCCCUUUACCGGAGAGGAAAAGACUGGAGGACAUUCUUGAUAAGCUUCAGAAGAAAGACACGUAUCGUGCGUUUGCGGAGCCGGUGGAUCCAGAACAGCUUCCAGACUACCAUGAUGUAAUUGAGCAUCCGAUGGACUUCGGCACUGUAAGGAAGAAGCUUGCGAGCAAUGCCUACCACUUCUUCGAGCAAUUUGAGGAUGAUAUCUUCUUAAUUUGCAGUAAUGCCAUGCAAUACAAUGCACCAGAUACCAUAUACUUUAGACAAGCACGCACCAUACAAGACAUGGCCGGACAAAAAUUUCAGAAACUAAGAGUUGAUGGUAAAUGUGCGGAAACUGCGGGGAAAUCUGAUGAGAAAAUUAAUUUCAGCCCCAUUGAAAAGAAGCCGCUAAUGAAGUCCCUGUCCAGAACUGCACAAGAGCCACUUGGUUCUGACAUCUCCUCUGCUGCCACCAUUGUGUCCACUGGGGAUGCUGGCACUGCACUGAGUACAGCACAAGCUAAUGGUGUUGAGGCUUCUGUCAUUCUUAAUGGGUUUGCAGAUGGUAAUUCUUCUCUGGGUGAGAGUAAAUCAGAGAAGGCUGAUGAACUUUCAGCAAAGAGCUCUCCUGCAAAGCUUGGGCAGAAGCUGCUAGUGGUUGAUGAAAAUCGGCGUGCAACUUACGACAAUAUAUCUGAGCAACAGCCCAUGGUUGAACCUGAGUUGGUAUUUGAUGUGAUUGAAAGCGACGCAAGGCAGCUGGUUGCUGUAGGACUCCACACGGAUUACUCAUAUUCAAGGAGCUUGGCUUGUUUUUGUGCUUCUCUUGGGCCCAUUGCCUGGGAAAUAGCAUCUAAGAGAAUUGAGAGAGCAUUACCUGCUGGGGUAAAAUUUGGCCCUGGAUGGGUUGGGGAAUUUGAACCGUUCCAAACUCCUGUUCUGUCUCUUAAAAAACACAACCAGCAGCAGCUAGGUUUGAAUUCAAACUUUCAAUUUAAGUUGGCAUCAAGAAAGGAUAAGGAGGCAAAAGAUGCAUCGCAAGGCACCCAGAAUUGUGAGUCUAAGGACAUCAAGCUGGGUCUUAAGAGUCAGGUGACCACUGGUGCGUCGGAUAAAGCACCUGAACUUGUAAAGGGGAGAGAGUGUCAUCAAAGUACUACAGAACUGAAGCAGGGUUUGUCCAGUGUUACUGCUGGAACCCAACCUAGUGUCACGAGUGCUACAGCACAGCAACAGAAGGAUAGGGCAACUGUUAAUUCUGCCAAGACUUAUGGUAAUGUUUCGGAGAAAGUCCGACUGUGCCAUUCAACCUCUGUGAGUAGCAUUCCUGUUGAAACAGCUUCACAAAGGCCAGAGAAUCAUUUUGAAGCUGUGACUACAAGGUCACCUGAGAUAAUUUUCUGGCACAAGAACCAGGGGCAACCGGGAAACCUAAAACAGCCGGAAGCAGUGGCAUUUCAAAGUAGAAAUGAAGUCUUGAGCAUGGAUUUCCAUGGAUUGGGUAAUGGGAAAGCAACAGGGAACUCUGAUAGGAAUAGACUGAGUACUUCUUUGGGAUUCAUCUCCAAGCAUCAGCCAGGAACUGCAGGCAACUUUCUUGCCAUUGGUAGUCAGGAGCAGAGAAUCAAUAAUAAUUCGAGGUUAGUGGGUUUGCCAGGCCAGGUAUCCAACCAGCUAAACAUUUCAAACUUCGGCAUCGAUGCUCCAAAACAAUUUUCUUCAGCGGAUGUUCCAUCGGGUAGAGAGAAUAUGAAUGCUGCUGCUCGAGCAUGGAUGUCCAUUGGAGCUUCAGCAGAGUUUAAAGCCCUUGGUGGUAGGGGUCUUCCCAACAACCAAGUAGGAUCUGCAUCCAUUCGUAAUUUUGCUUGGACAAGUCCCAACUUACCUUUAGGGAUUCAUGAAGAUUCUAAGACAAGACCUGUGCCUUACUUAUUCCGGCAACCCAACCAAGCUGCCCAUGAAGAAUCUAAGGUUCGUAACAAAGAAUUGGUUAUUUUUCCCCAAUUAGUUGGAACUGAUUUAUCAAGAUUUCAUGGCUGGUCUCCAUGGCAAGGUCUAGUUCCACAUACUGAGCAGAAGCAGAAUAAGGAUAUGUGUCCUCCAGAUUUAAACAUUGGUUUCCAGCUUCCUGGGUCCCCUGUUCAUCACUCCUCUGGCAUACUCAAGGACACCCAACAACCUGACUUAGCUUUGCAGCUGUAAAUUUUGGAUGUUGUGCUUGCUAUUGUGGUUUAUUUUAGUGCAGGCAGGUAUAGAGGAAAUAGCAGCAACUGGUAACGAAUUAGCGGUGGAAGGAGGUGUAGGUGGAUCUAGAAUUGGAUGAUAUUUGCUGAGUUGUGUCGAUUAGGAUGCUGCAGUGUAGCAAACUAAUGAUCACGAGGUGAGAGCUCAUCCUAGUUCGAGUCCGAUAAUGUGCAACUAGUUCAGUUCUGUAUCAACCAUUUUGGCAUCAAAUUUAUUGCACGGAAAAGUUACAAUGUUGGAAGGGGAUAUAGAAGGACAAUUCUUUAGACUGUAUUGGUGGAUGAGUUUAUUGGUGGGAGAAUUGGCAAGUCUAUCAAUGCACUCUUUGUGGAAGUGGCAUAUGGAGCAGAAAUGGGUAAAUUUACUAUAGCAGUGUUAAUUGUUCCAGAAACUAUUCUGUCGGUUGACAGGUAAAGCGCAUGCCUUGUGUCGACAGAAAGCUUUGUACAUCAGAUUAGGAGUACAAUCGUUGUUUAUGCUUGAGCUUUUCCAGUAACAGCAGAAGGUCGCUAUGUUCCCUAUGUAUCCAUAUUAUCAUGUAUUAUCCCCAGUAAAUUGUUGAACUGGAUAGAAGUAGCUGCUUAUUGAAUGAGCGGUCUGCAUCUUAAUACCACCUUGUUAAUUGUCUUUGUUCCUU